UUCAUUUCCAGGCUCGGUUCCUACCAGGGGUGCCCACGGGUUAGAACCUUCAAAAACUGCUUUGUCUGCCAAGGGGCAAUCAGUACCGUACUCUUAACUCAUACCGGUACGACCCGGUGGUACACCCACUGCAUUUUAGAGUGUCAUUGGUUUCUAGAUUUUGAUUUGACUAGACCGGUACCAGACUAGCUAGCUAGACGGAAACGAUUUGACAGGCACGUCAUCUUAAAAUAUUAUUUUGGUUUGACAGUCCAUCGGCUCUUUGCCUGGCGCCGUGUCUUCAAAUAUCAGCGGAAGGCGCCAGCACCUCAAGAUUAACAUAAAAGCUAUCAUAUACUUCUUCCUUAUUGCCUCUCCUCGCCAUGCCUGAUCUUGCUGACCUUUCUCUUCGUCCAGGCACUCUCAAGCUGUUCCAGCAACGUGGCUUUACCAACACGGCAGAAGUUGAGAGGUCUCGGGAAAACGGAGGUCUAGCAAAUCUGGCAGCAGAGCUUGGAUGCAGUCUGAGACAGGCCAAUGAUCUUUUUCGAGAGAUUUCAGGGGCUGCCCAACCCAUGGGACAGGCGAAAACCGCCUCACAGCUUCUGAAUGUUCCAAAUAACAAUGCCAAAAUGGGAUCUCGGAAGCUGGUUACCUUUUGUCGCUCUGUUGACAGUAUGUUGGGAGGAGGCAUUGCUCUUGGAGAAGUCACGGAAAUUGCAGGUGUUCCAGGGAGUGGAAAGACACAGCUGGCAAUGCAGCUAAGUGUGGAUGCACGGCUUCCCAUUCAAUAUGGCGGUGUGGAAGGAACCGCCGUCUAUAUUGAUACAGAAGGCAGCUUUAGCCCGGAACGAUGUUACACCAUGGCGUCUGCCUUGGUAGAUCACGUGAAAAAAUCAGCAGAGAAGCGAAAAACACAAUGUCCUCCAACUCCACAAUGGUUCCAGCCAAACACAAUUAUGCAAGGCAUACAUGUUUUCCGAGCACACGACGAAGCAGCACAAAUGUCAAUCGUCAUGGGGUUACCGGACUUUCUUCGAGACCAGGAGCAGCAGGGGUCCCCAGUCAAGGCAGUCGUUGUAGACAGCAUUGCCUUUCAUUACAGAUGUGCUCCACCGGGUGGGAAUUAUCUGGCACGGACCAGAUCUUUGUCCACAGUUGCUUCUUUGCUGUCAGAUAUGGCCACAAAGUUCGAUCUGGCAGUCAUUGUCAUCAACCAAAUGACAACUAAGGUAGCCACUACUGCCAACACCACUGAUACUGAAUCUGUUUUGGUUCCAGCUUUGGGGGAAAGCUGGGCUCACGCAACAACCACUCGUUUACUGAUUGCAUCGGAGACUAACAACAACAACAAUCGGACCUGUACUCUGACCAAGUCACCCAACCGGCCUAGUGGAGUCUCUACCUUCAAAAUAUUGGAGGCUGGAAUACGCGACAUUGAUCGACACUAGCUAGCUUUCUGGAACCGUCGUGGAAAAGCUGGGACCAUAGAGGCACUACCUGUGUGGAAUGAUGUCCAAAGCAUGAUGAAGCUAUUAGCUUCUUUAUUACAUUAGAAGAACAACAUCAAUCUGCUGGCUAGCUCCUCGUAAAUGAUAGUUAGUAUUCAUUGAUGUUGGGCUUCCAGGAUUGGG